CGUCAUUUUAUAGCAGGGCUGUCACGCCCGCUGACGAUUUCCACUGGCGAUUCCUUCAAAGACCUUUUUUUCUCACCGAGAUUCACUCGAAUUCCCACUCGCCAUUGGGAACGAAUCAUUCCUGGGUUUGCAAAAUCGACGACCCAACAUGGCGGACGUCGCAACCCCUCUAGGAGAAACGGCCACUCAAAUACCGGGACUGACCUCCGCUCUCCGGUCAUCAUCCAAGCCGAAGCCGAGGCGGGUGCCGACUCGCGUCUCGAUAGUCGCUCCGAAAGGCUCCACUACCCCCGAUGUCACCAGCGCGCGCUCCGUUUCUUCGCCCGGGUUGAACGUGUCGACGACGACAUGGAAGCGAUUAAUUCUGACAAUCGACGGCGGCGGAAUCAGGGGAUACUCAUCACUAAUCAUCCUACGGGCAUUAAUGCAAGAGAUUGAGCGCAUCGAAAAGUCUCUCGAGCCGCGCGCCUCGGCGAGCACUCAGACCGACCGGAUACCCCGCGAUCAGAUCCCCGACGAUGUGUUUAGGGAGGGGCAGUACCUGCCUUGCCAUUAUUUCGACUACAUUGCGGGCACCAGUGUGGGAGGUUUAAUAGCUAUCAUGCUAGGCAUGUUUGGGAAGAGCGUCGACGACUGUAUCAACGAAUUUCACCGACAGAACAAGUCCAUCCCGCUCGCCGACGAUGCUUCGAUGGUCUCAUCUAUCGACUUUCCGCUCCUCUACAGGCGGAGCACCUGGCCGACAAAACGCACCAGCUCUUUCUUCGACACCUUUGCCAAGUUCACCGUGACGGCGACCGGCCGUACCCUGCCAGGCGCAGCCGCAAGCCCUGUUGCGUCCCGAGCCUCGUCCCAGGCAUCCGCCGCAUCGAGUGAGUUUCGGAAAGAUACGUACCAAUGCCAGACGCUCGCCUGGUGCACCGAGGUCGAGACGCGCCGCUCGCGGCGCCCCUACGCCUUUUGCACUUACGCAGAGGAGGUGAGCGACCCCGAGCAGCUCAUCUCGAUUCCCGAGGUCGCCAAGGCCAUCACCACACCCUCCCGCUACUCGUUCAAGCCCUUCAAGCUGGGCGCCGGCCAGUUCGUCGACGGCAGCAAGCAGAUCCGGGACCCGACCCUGGAAGUCCUCAAGGAGAUCACCUCCCUCCUCGAUGAGACCGAGCCGCCCAUCGACCUACUCCUGAGCCUGGGCACAGACGAGCACCACGCGUGGUUCUACGAAAAGCUGCGCUCCUUCACGUCGCAGUAUCCCACCGCCACGCCCGCCAAGGACCAAUGGGCCAUCGGGGAGGAAGAGGGCCGCUCCUACAACCACUACCACCGGUUCGAAGUCCCCGGGAUAAAACUCGGCUGGCGCAAGAAGUUCUUCCUGCGCGAGAUCGAGGAGGCCUCUGAAAAGUGGGUCUCGAGCCCCGAGCAGCGGACACGAAUCACGCAGUACGCGCGCAUGCUAGUCGAGCGGCGGCGGGCGCGGGCGGCCACGGCGCGGUGGGAGACGUUCGCGUUGGGGGUGCGCUACGCUUGUUUCCACGACGGGUGUGCCAUGAAGAAGAGGGCGGAGGAGGAUAACGAGAUGUUCACGGGCAGGGGGGACUUCUUCGACCAUCUCGAUAGGAGACACGAUCUGAUGAAGAUGGCGGCGAAGGGGGCCGUGGAUGUAGAGGGGGAGUUGGACAAGGGGAGACGUUUUGGGUGUUCUUGAGGUUUACGGGGGCGGGGGGGUUGGUGAGAGACAGACAGACGGGAUUGUCUGUCUGUCGAUGCUUUACGUUGCUUUACCCUGCCUUUUUCGCGAGGUACUUUGUUUUUGUCUGUUUUGCUGGGCGGUGGGCAUUCAUACUUAGCGAGCAUGGCGUUUUGGGGCAGUGGCUAAACGGAUCAUGCUUCGGAGGCAGCUCAUACGGGGGGGUAAUGGUUUGGCGUUGGUGGGGGUUUGGGAGCCUGAGAGUCUGCCUCGUCAACUCUGUGCAGAUUAACGUUAAUAGAACACUGUGUACUGCAGUGUGUAAUGAUGACUCGGCGUUAGGUGUUACCAAUCCCC